AUGGCGACAGCAAAUAGCACCAAAGUCCAGGAAUUCAUUUUGGUGGGCUUUGGAGAUGGGGAGAAGAAACACUUACUGCUCCUUAUUUUUUUCACUACUCUCUACAUCCUUACUUUGGCUGAGAACAUCAUCGUUAUCACCAUGGUGGUCCUGGACACCAUCUUGGCCCGUCUUCCCAUGUACAUCUUGCUGAGCAACUUCUCCUGGCUAGAGAUGUGUUAUGUGAGCACAACCGUACCCCGUAUGAUCUUGGACCUGAUUUCACCAAAUGGUACCAUCUCCUUCCAUGCCUGCUUCCUUCAGUACUACAGCUUCGUUAGUCUUGGUGCCACAGAGUGCUUUUUCCUCUCAACCAUGGCCUUGGAUCGCUAUUUGGCUAUCUGCCACCCACUACGCUACCCCUAUAUCAUGUCUCCUCAUUCCUGCUAUGCCCUUGUGGCUAUCUGUUGGAUUCUGGGCUUUUUGUGGAAUCUAAUCCCAGUUGUUAUGAUCUCCAAGUUGGAUUUUUGUGGUCCUAACAUCAUUGAUAAUUUGAUAUGCGAUCCUGGACCCAUCCUUUCCUUGGCUUGCUCUCCGCUUAGAAAUAUGCUCCUUCACUAUCAAUUUGCAAUGAGCUCUCUGGUCAUCAUACUCAACCUGUUCUUUGUUGUGUUAUCCUACAGUGCUGUGGUUCUCACCUUGGUGAAAGCCACUCACCAAAGCGGCAGUAAGAAGGCCUUCUCCACCAUCUCCUUCCAUCUCAUGGUGGUCACCCUUUUCUAUGGUUCCGUAGCAGGGAUGUACAUAUCCCCAAGUGCGGAAAACCAGUCGGGUAUCAAAAAUUUAGUUACUGUCUUCUACACUGCCAUUACACCCUUUCUCAAUCCCAUGAUCUACUGUUUGAGGAAUGAUCAGAUGAAGGAGGCCCUGGGCAGGGUACAAAGAAGUAAGGUAGCUUUACUGAGAUUUAACACAAAUAAAUGUUAG